AUGGCGUCGCCCUUUAGUUUUUCGUAUAUUUUAUUUAUUGUCGCAGUUUUUGUUAUUGUACAGUGUUUUAGUGCACAAAAAAUUAAACCUAGAUUCAAAAGUUUUUAUUUUGUUUUGCCCGAAAUAAAUACAACAAAUGUAGACAGAAGAUCUCAUUUAAAAUUCGAUCAUGUCAUGGAAUAUUGUAAGAAGCGCGAUCUGGUGUGCAAAUCGAAUUUGUUGCAGGUCUGUGCCGUUAGAAUCAAAGAAAAUAAACGGGAAUACAAAGAUUUUGAAAAUGAUUGUUAUUUAUUUCUAAGUAAUAUGUGCGACCAUCCAUCUGAAGAGUACUACAUAACAGACACCGGGAAUUGUACCCAGUAUUUAGCUUCACGUCGCAAUGAUGUUAGAAGGACCACCUUGCCAACGACGAAAUUAAAUGUGACCUUGCCAGCUACAAAAUUAAAUGUGACCUUGCCAGCUACAAAAUUAAAUGGAACCUUACCAAAGAAAAAAAAUAAAAAUCGCAUUAAGAAUCGUGGGAGCAAAAAUGCAGCUCUUCGCCAGGAAUAUGCCUACUCAUUUGACAACCAUGUAUGUCCAAAUCAUUGCACGAACGGAUACCGUCCCACAUGUUUGAUGGUGAACAGGAUGAUGGGGAAAUACUUCAAGGUGUGGUACUUCCUAAACCACUGUGAAGCCGACAGAUACUACUGCAAAAUUUGGCCCGAGUUGGAGACACCUCCAGAUAAAGACCAGCCAAAAGUUUUAACUACUGAAGUCGGUUGGAAUUUCUGCGGCGCGUUCGAAUUCGUGCAGUUCUCGUUAUUUUCUGAUAAUGUGUCUUCGAUGCACCACUAUGGAUGGUUGAACGGAAACCAAGCGUUUACCUACGCACUGAAACCACACGAAAGAAUUCCUGAUUAUAAGUAA